AUGGAUUCGAGGCCUCUCCCACCAGAUACAACAAAGCAACCUCCUGUAAGUACCUGGGAUGAUCCUCGAGAUGCUUCUCAGCCACAAUCGUCAACACAGAGUCAAGGUUUAUACCCUCCUCUUCAGGAUAAUCAAUAUAAUCCUCCAAACUUUCCGCAACCGCAACCACAACCACAAACUUAUCUAUCUCCACCACCAUCUUAUUCUCAACGACCACAUUCUUAUCAUGGAGAAACACAAUCUUAUCAACCUCAAUCUUAUCCUCCACAACCUUAUCAAUCAUCCCAAUCAGGUGCUCCUAAAAAGAAAAAGAAAAAUAUAUGGGAUAAACUAGGCUUAGGCAAGUUUGGCUCUUCAUCUUCCUCUAAUCCUGGAAAUAACAGCAAUUUUUCUUCCGCUAAUUAUGGGAAUAGCGGUAAGAAACAUAAUUUUUCUUCAAUGGCGUUAGGUGGUCUUGGAGGAGCCUUGCAUCUAAAUGACUAUUUUUCUUUUGUUAUAAGUGACACUAAAGGAGAAACUCCGGAGAUCUACAAGAAUUCGCGUUUUUCUGAUUAUGUUUCGGAUAAUGCUGAACGUUAA